UUUUAUUAUAUUUUGUUUUUCUUUGACUUCUUAUUUCAAACAUCCCAUUGUGUGUUGAGGAGUACAGCACACUGACAUGUUAAGAGUUCUGCCCAACACUCUGCUUCAUGAUCUCUCUAGUAAUGAAUUGUUUUCACUUAAUAAACAUAGUUAAGUGUUUAAUCACACUGUGAUUUUAACCUUUAUAAAUAUAGAAUAUAGAUUUGUGGCUGAUGUGUUCUUCAGUUUUUAGGUCCAUGAUCACCAUUUAAAGUCCAGUGUGAAGGAUUUAGUGACAUUUAGCUGUGAGGUUGCAGAUUCAGCAGCUGAAAGGGUUCUUGAACAGUAAGACACACAAGGUGUAUGAAGAUAAAACAUCAGAUUUAUGAUCUCUGUUAAAUCAAUGAGAAAAGUCAAAGAAAUAAAGCCAGCAUGUAUCUUUUCUCAUCUCUCUACAUCCACUCAUUCUCAAGUUCCUCGACCAGCUGAUCUCUGACUGAAACCUCGUAUUCUUUGACUGUUUAACAGAUAAAAAUAUGAUCCUGCUGAGCCCUGCCCGUCCUGUGACUGAGGGAGAUUCUGUUAGUCUGAGCUGCAAAUUAAGAAGACAAACAUUUGACUCCAUUGUGUUUUUCUAUCACAAUGAGAAAGUCAUUCAAAGUGACACCAGAUGGGAGUUAAAUAUCUCUGCAGUGUCAAAGUCAGAUGAAGGAUUCUACAAGUGUCAACACUCAGGACAAGAGUCAGCACAGAGCUGGAUGUCAGUUCAGGCAGUGUCCAGGCCUGAACACUCUUCAUUUCCUGUUCUGCUGAUUGUUGGACUGAUUUGUGGAAUCGUUCUUAUUCUUCUUCUGCUCCUGUUGUAUCGCUACAGAGCGUCCAAGUAUACAUGCUUCAAGAGGCCGAUCCAGUCUGAGAGCUCCAACACAGAUCAGAAUGAGGCUCAGUGCAGCACAUACGACUCUCCUGAACAUGGUGAUGUCUGUCUGUAUGAAACAAUCAAACACUCUGAAGACUCUGAACAUGUUGCAGGUGGAUCCGAGGACGUCACAUAUUCUUUACUUGAGCUCAGAAACUUUGGGAAGAAAAGGAAGCAACAUACACCAGAGGAGAGAUCAGUUUACUCUGAUGUGAGGACAGGAGCUGCAGACGACAGUCUGCUGUAUGCCCAAGUCUUCAGCCACGAUAAAGGCAAGAAGAAGAAAGGAAGAUCAGCUCCUGCAGCAGCAGAUGAAACAUUUUAUUCUGAAGUCAAACCAGGAUCAUCUCUCGGUCUGUAAGGAGAGAGAAGAGGAGGAAGACCUACAGUGAACUGAUAAGUGUCCUGAGAACAGAACGUUUAUUCUGGACCAACACAGCUCCCUUAAAUGAGCCGAGGUCACUGCUGACCCCACGUCAGAUUGUUACUGACACAAGUUCACGCUCAGGUCACAUCAUAACUCACACAUAUUCUCAGGUGUAAUAAUAUGUGAGGUCAAGAGAGAAUGUCAGUAUGUAAGGUGAGCGAUGGCUAUGCAGGGUGAAAAGGUAACCAUUAUAUGUGAGGUUAAAGGUAAAGAACAAAGUUUUUAUCACAGCUGCAGCAUUUCAUUAGACUGCUGUAGAAAUAUGAGACAUGCUCAGUAUUCUGUACAGUUAAUUUGUUAGCAGAUGAUGUCAAAUAAUGGCUUCAUGUGGAUUUUAUUAUUGUCUCUUUUAGCACAAGACUACUGAAGCAGAAUCCCUGUUUUAUUUACACACUUCAUCAUUACUUUUCAUUUUUACAGUUGUGUUGUCACCUUUUGUUUUUGUUCAGUGUUUGUAGGAAACAUUGAAUGCAACUUUGAUACAAUAUGUUUGAGCUUGUGUAGCAGGUACCAGCUUUAAAGUCAGCGUCUUUGUUAAGUGUUAGAUCAGGAUAGACGUCAACACUGACUUUUGAUAGAAGUAAUAAUCUGCUAUCAAACAACAUCUCCUAUUGCAUGUACAGUAUGUCUGUUUUCUCUCUGUCAUGUAC